AUGCCGCCGCCGCUCCCGCCGCGCGCGCAUCCGGACGAUCUCCGCUCGAGGCUACGAAGCGGCGGCGGGUACGCCGACCGCGGCCCCCCGCGCGGGGGCUACCGCAACGACCGGUACUCCCCGUACGGCGAUGUUCGCGGCGAGCGAAGGCAGGCGCCGCCGACGUUGAAAGGCUGGUCGCCCUCUGGGAACACGCGCGACGACGGCAAGGACACGUUCGCGGGUAAGUGCGAGGGAUGCGGGAACGACUGCGAGGUUCCGUUCAGGCCGGUGAAGGGAGGGAACCCGCCGGUGUGCAACGACUGUCAUCAGUCGCUGAGGAGCGCGCAGGGAGGACCGGACGGGGGGAAGCGCGGGCGGGAUCCGUACGGCAACGGGCAGCAGAUGAUGAUGGUCGUCACGCCUCAGAUGAUGGCCGCGAUGCAGCGCGGCCGCGGCGGCCGCGGAAUGAUGGGCGCCGGCAGAGGCAGAGGCAGAGGCAGAGGCGCCAACGUGUGGACUCCGGACGGCGCCGGCGGCGAGGGCGCGGGCGCGGCCGGCGGCGAGAGGAAAACGCCCACAAAAGGACCGUUAUCAAAAACGUGGGUCCGCCCCGGCGCGGAGAUCGCGGGGGACGACGGCGCGGCCGCCGGCGCGGGCGGAGGCAUCAACGCGCCGUGCACGUUUUUCGCGCGGGGGAAGGCGCGUUCUGAUUCACACUGGUCCCCAUAUACGACCGCGUUCGCGUGGUGCACGCCGUUCCUUGAGGACUUUCUCUCCCGGCGUCUCUAA